AUGUCCAAUGCAUCACAGGUCACUGACCUCCCAGAAUGCGUUGCUGAAAAGGAUGCAAACAAAGAAGGAGAAAAGCAGGGACACUUUGCCACCAACCUAAAACCUGGGUCUGAGCCUCAGAUGCGUUCACUCACAGAGCACAUUCCCUCCAGCGCAUUCCACACACAUGCAAAUACCACAUCCACAUUCAGACUUGACGGGCAGAUAUACACAAAUGACGCUCCACCUUCCGUCACACCACAGACACAAACAGACCCUAAGGCCCUCAUUGCAACCCAGACGGACACUUCUGCACGUGUCAAACCCGUCACCAAACCACCAAACCACAGAAACACAGACUUCAGUUCCACCUCCACGCCAAACAAACACACAAGCCCCACACACCGACUCAUACCACAGGCCCGUCCAUACACCAUCACUGAGCUCCUCGCACACACACCCAUAGACCCGGAGUGCUACCGCCUUUUGCCUCCAUCCCGCAUGGCUCACCUAGCCUCCUACACCCUCACCCAUCCCAAUCAGACACACCAGAUGAUCCAUCCAGUAUUGCCAUUUUUAUCAUCAAGCACCACCCCGCAGCCCUCCCAAGACGAUCCCAGGCUGGCUCACUCCCACCCGGCUGACGCAGCGCUGCUGCUGCCCCCUUCCCCACAGUGCAGCAGGCCAGCACCUCUCCAACGGAGGCUGCAGUUUGUAGAGGCCAACCUGGCAGCCAACCAGGACAGGAUCACUACCCUUCUCAACAUCAUCCAAGACCUGGAGAUGAGCCAAGCUCUCAGCAAGGGUCGGCGAUGCUACAGGACAGGGCAGGAUCUCAGGGAGUGCUCCACCUGUCAGAAGACUGCUUGUAUCGUCUACAGUGUGGAGUAUGACUUCAGGCAGCAAGAGAGACGUUUCUUGGAGGUUUUGAAUCCUCAGAAGGCAGACAACAACGCUACAACAUUUUCCCCCUCCCUGCCUCACAACCCCACCUUGCUGACGAAUGCCAUCACUAAGACCAUGACCAAGUCCAAGGUUAAAAGCAAAAAGUUGUGCAAGAUGCUUUUCCGAUGGCUGCCCAGGAAAAUUCAGCAGACAAAGUCCUCCUUUCACCAACUCUCUCCAGAUCAUUUGAACUCCUAGCAUGCUAUCCAUGAGGUAUCCCCUGUAAUAUAAGAUCUUAUGUCCCUAUUACAGCAAGCAGCACUUGUCAUCGUGGAAGACACGUCACUUCCUGUUCACGUGAUAGGUGUUCUGAAAUCUGAUUUGCUCCUUUAAGGCUGAUUGACACCCUACUGUCCAAUCAGGACAUAGCAUGAACAGGAUAUCCCCAAUAGUAACUAGAGACGUUUGCCCAGUCUAGCAAGAGUAUAUCAUAAGGGAAAACUUCAUCCUUCAGGUGAAAAUCAUAAACCUUCAUCCAAAGCACAUGCAAUAGUUUUGUUGAACUAGAUAAGACUUCCAAAAGUUUGCUAGAU